CCAACAUGUUGUACGUGACUUCUUUAUACUUUAUUCUUUGAAUCCGACUUUCUCGGUCCUACUCCCGAUCGCCGACGACCAAAGUCUAUGCAAUUACACACCAAUCGCUUCUAUACUGACCAUUUACUUAGCGUCCUACCCCCUCCGCCGCCGCGGUACUCUAUACCUAUCGCUUAUGCGGCCGGCGCUGCUAAUGGGAUGGCGGUACCUAUAAUCGAGACGAACAACGUGAUUAGCCAUCCGGAAGGCGGCUGCGCUCUUCAGGUGGGAGAGGGAACGUAUGAGCUUGUUGACGAUUUACAUCUUGCGACGCCUCCACCACACCCUUCCGAAGCCCCAGUGACGAAUCCCAAUCCUCUCGCGACAGUCCCAACUCCCCCUACCUCAGGCGUAAAGCUGUCGCUUGUUAUCACAGCAAACAGCAAGCGUCCUCCAGAUUUAUACAGACCAGGGUCGCUGACAUCCGACCUCCGAAGCAUCAAAGAAAGUGAGAAAGAAGGGAGACGCUCGGACAGUGGCAGUGAACCGUGGAGCAAUAUCUCAGCACCAGCAUUUGGCGAGGGUAAUCCGGCGCUGAUGAUUUCACCAGUCAAAGACGGAUUGAAGCGAAGGAAACCAAAAAAUAACAUUGUCAAAAGCAGCUCUUCUUUUGUGUCUCGAGUCAUUACUCAUGAGUCGUCUACAAAACGCUUAGCGGACAGGAAACCCGACGGACUCUUGGCUUUUGCAAAUAUCAACAGGGCAUUUCAAUGGCUCGAUCUCAGUUCUCCAAAUAAAGAAGAGCCCCUUGCAAAGAUUCUCUUCACCAAAGCGCAUAUGCUGUGCCACGACAUCAAUGAAUUGAGCAAGUCUCCAUCGCAUCUUGAUGUGAUAAUGGGGUCAUCCGCUGGUGAUAUUAUAUGGUAUGAACCCAUGUCAGCAAAAUAUGCACGUAUCAACAAGAACGGUGCCGUCAAUAACAGUCCCGUUGCACAUAUCAAAUGGAUCCCCGGCUCAGAGAAUCUGUUUUUGGCAGCUCACGCCAACGGACAGUUGGUAAUUUAUGACAAGGAGAAAGAAGACGCUCUUUUCACCCCGGAACUAGAAGAGCCCCGGUCCUCUUCAUCAAAAACACUGCACAUAUUGAAAUCAGUCAAUUCCAAAAAUCAAAAGACGAACCCAGUUGCGGUAUGGAAAGUAUCAAACCAAAAAACCAAUCAAUUUGCUUUUUCUCCUGAUAAUCGCCAUUUGGCUAUUGUGCUAGAGGAUGGGACGCUGCGUGUGCUGGAUUACUUAAAAGAAGAAGUCACAGAUAUCUUCCCAAGCUACUACGGUGGCAUGAUUUGCGUCUGCUGGUCUCCAGAUGGCAAGUACAUGGUCAGCGGAGGACAGGACGAUCUCGUAUCAGUGUGGUCCCUCGCCGAGCGAAAAAUCAUUGCUCGUUGUCAAGGCCACCACUCGUGGGUUUCGGCGGUUGCCUUUGAUCCUUGGAGAUGCGAUGAACGGAAUUAUCGAUUUGGAAGUGUUGGUGACGACUGCAGACUGCUUCUCUGGGAUUUUAACGUUGGCAUGUUACAUCGCCCGAAGGCGCUCCACGCCAACGCCCGUCAUCGCAACAGCGUCACAGCGGGUAUACACCAGCUAAGUCGACACCGAACAGACAGCACUCUAAGCAACCGAAAACGAUCCGACUCUGACCGAACCGAGAAACCGAAGGAUAGCGAUGAGGAGGAAGUCUUUGACCAUCCUGUAGAGCCUCGCAAACUGACCGCCCUCCUUCCUCCUGUCAUGUCAAAAGUCGUCGGCUCAGACCCUAUCUGCUGGUUAGGCUUCCAACAAGACUCGAUCUUCACAUCUUCUCUUGAAGGCCACAUCCGCACCUGGACGCGCCCGCGAGAAGGCGUCACCAACGAAAGCCGCGCCAAUGUCUCAAUUCUUUCUACCUCCGGAACCGGGUCAACGGGCGGGUCGAAUCUGUAAAUACUUGGGGGUUGGCCCUGUUGACGAACUUGUAACUGUUUUCCCUCUGAGAAGGUUGCUUGUGGGGAAGAAAAGAGAAUAGUCCUGUGUUCAUAGGGGCAUAAAAAGAUGUUCAAAAUAAUGAUUGCGUUGAAAAUAACAACAAAAUCAGUCCGUCGGUAUAUAAUCAUCGGACGAAUUCUACCCGACGAUGUUCUUGCAUAUGUACUCUAUUUUGAAUCUAUCCAAAGUCGCUGGUUCUAUAAUAUGUCCCUUAUCUAUCUAGGACUACAUUUAAAACACAGAAACGGGGAUAUCCCGAAACAUUAAUUACAGCGU